GCAUUCACAUAGGCUAAGCCAUCGUUAUAGGUAUGAGUUCAGCAAGGAGUUAAUAGUUUUUGCUCAAACCAUGUAGUUGUGUUUAAAUUAUUUAAUAUAUAUGAGUAUAGGACUCAGUAUGCAAAAAGAAUUAUGGUUUAGAAUCCUAAACGUCUAAAGAUUUUAGUUUCGUCUCUGCUUGCAACUAAACUCAUAGCUCGUUUUUGUUAGUAGGUUCGCAAUAUAAUAUUUAGGUAAACUUUGGGUAAAUAUACCCUUCAACCGACUAGUUUACCAAACAUGACCAAAGUAUGCACUACCUAUACACUUUGGUUGUAUAUGUUGUGUAUAGGAAUGUAUAUUAUAUUAUAUGUAUAUUAUAUGUAUAGGUAGAUGUAUUAUAUGUAUAUUUAGUAUAAAUUAUACAUUACCUAUACACUGUGUACAUAUUUUGUAAAUUAGAUUGCCGAAUAAUACUUGACUAUAACUUUUACUAAUAUUUACGCGUAUUUAAUGAAUUUUCCAAUACGAAUAGAAGGUCGAAGUAAAAGCUAUUAGAUUCGUCCGAACUCAUACCUAAUAGUGUAGCUCUGCCCCUUGUUCACAUACUAAGAAUUAUCUAUAUUUAUAAUUCAUAAUAUAAAGUCAGAAAUAGUACGUAGCAAUAGGUUGCGAAAAAUGUCAUUGCUUGCUACACAUAACACAUGCAUGCAUGAAAGAACACUUUCUCCAAUCAUCAACAGCAUUAGCGGAAUAAUAAAAAUAUUUCCUAAACUAACCAACCGAUCCAUUCAUCUUUUCUAUUUCCUCAUCUCUCCAACAAUUUCCCCUCAUUUUCUCCAAAAUUUCCUCUAAAUCUGUAACAUAUUUCAUUUUGGGACAUCAUCUGUUGUUCGAUUCUUGAAUUUUCGCGGAAAUUUCAGAUUUUGAUUUUUUUUUUUUUUUUUUUGGUGCAAUCGUGUGAUUUAGUGAGUAUUGGAAUUUUGGGAUAAAAAUUUAGGUCUUCAUUAAGUGUUCUGUUGAAUGUUGAUGAUCAAACAAUAGUUUGAGCAUUUAUUAUUCUGGUUAUUAUAGCAUAUGAUGAUAUUGGAAAUUGAGAAAGGUUGAGAUUUUGAUCAUUUGAGCUAAAUGGGGAAUAAUUGUGUAGGACCCAAAUUGGCUAACAAUGGGUUCUUACAAUCUGUUACUGCAGCUGUAUGGAAACCUAAUCACUCAGAAAAUUUACCACUCCCUAAUGAAGGGGUGGACACGAAUUCAGAGAAAAGCAAAGAUGUUGAUUCAUCGAAAACAGAUGGAUCUGGUAAUAUACAAGGUAAUCCACCUCCACACCUUAUGAUAAAUGGAGAUAAUACACAAAUGGAUAGUAAUAAUAAUAACAAGAAUGUAGUUGCUAAUGAGACUGUUCCUGAUAAGCCUGUGGAGGGCGCUAAAACCAAGCCUACUCAUGUUAGGAGAACGUCGAGUUUAGGGGUUCAGAUUGAAUCUGUUUUAGGAAGAAAAACAGGUAAUAUAAAAGAAAUUUAUAGUUUAGGGAGGAAGUUAGGACAAGGGCAGUUUGGGACGACGUUUUUAUGUAUAUCGAAGUCAAGUAAUAAGGAAUACGCGUGUAAGUCUAUUGCGAAAAGGAGGUUGACAACUGAGGAAGAUGUUGAGGAUGUAAGGAGAGAGAUUCAGAUAAUGCAUCACUUGGCAGGACAACCAAGUGUGGUACAAAUUGUUGGAGCGUACGAGGAUGCUGUUGCAGUUCAUGUUGUAAUGGAACUUUGUGCAGGUGGGGAGCUUUUCGAUAGGAUAUUACAAAGAGGGCAUUAUUCAGAGAAGAAGGCAGCUGAACUUGCUAGAGUAAUAGUAGGUGUUGUAGAAGCAUGUCAUUCUUUGGGGGUUAUGCAUAGGGACCUGAAACCUGAGAACUUUCUUUUCGUCAAUGAGCAAGAGGAAUCACCUCUGAAGACAAUCGACUUUGGAUUAUCAGUGUUCUUCAAGCCAGGUGAAACCUUCACUGAUGUUGUUGGAAGCCCUUACUAUGUGGCCCCAGAAGUGUUGCGGAAGCAUUAUGGUCUAGAAUGUGAUAUUUGGAGUGCAGGAGUCAUUAUUUAUAUACUGCUUAGCGGUGUUCCCCCAUUUUGGGAUGAGUCGGAGCAAGGAAUAUUUGAACAGGUUUUAAAAGGGGAACUUGACUUUGCAUCAGAACCCUGGCCUACUAUAUCAGAAAGUGCAAAAGAUUUAGUCAGAAAAAUGCUGGUGAGAGAUCCCAAAAAGCGGUUGACAGCCCAUGAAGUUCUUUGUCAUCCAUGGGUCCGUGUUGGUGGGGUUGCUCCAGAUAAGCCUCUUGAUUGUGCUGUUCUCAGUCGUCUCAAUCAGUUUUCUGCGAUGAAUAAAUUAAAGAAGAUAGCAGUCAGAGUAAUUGCUGAAAGUCUGUCUGGAGAGGAAAUUGCAGGACUGAAGGAAAUGUUCAAAAUGAUAGACGCAGAUAAUAGUGGACAUAUUACGCUCGAAGAACUGAAAACAGGUUUGGAAAAAGUGGGUGCCAAUCUGAAGGAUUCAGAAAUAGUUAGUUUGAUGCAAGCGGCAGAUAUUGAUAAUAGCGGUACAAUUGACUAUGGCGAGUUUAUAGCUGCUAUGCUCCAUCUAAACAAAAUUCAGAAGGAAGAUCACAUGUAUGCUGCGUUUUCAUAUUUUGAUGAAGAUGGUAGUGGAUAUAUCACAAAGGAUGAGCUCCAAAAUGCUUGUGAUAAGUUUGGUUUGAGCAAUAUCCCCAUCGACGAGCUUAUGCGUGAAGUUGAUCAAGAUAAUGAUGGACGCAUCGAUUACAGUGAAUUUGUAGCAAUGAUGCAAGACACCGGCUUUGGUGAGAAGGGAAGCAAAAGAGUGAUUAACAACCAUAGCUGCACAGAGUACGAUAGAAUUCCUCGGUAUGGCCAUUCAGGAAGUCCCUCCGAGGGCGACAUCGAUACAAUUCUUGUGAGAGCUGGACAAGCGUCUACGGGUAAAGCACCGUAUCCAUAUAACUGCUUGCCACCUAAGCUACGCCAUCCAGUCCAAGUUUAG